AUGCAAUCCUCCCACAGAGAAUGUUCUGGUUUCAACCCUGCCCUGCGGAGUGUGCUUCCACUGCCAGUCCAUCAAAAUCACCUCAUCUUGCUAUUGGCUGCUGCCAUGGCAACGGCCCUGGAUUCUUCCCAUAACCUGGCCAGUGAGAGGAGUUCGAUAGAAAGCACGUACGAGCUGACCAAAUACCUGGAGUAUCAACUGAAGGAGAUCAAAGAUGUCUAUCUGACCUACCUAGGCCCCCCCUUCAACGAAAAGGACUUCUCCCCUCCGCGACCCAACAGCACGGCCCUGUCCCUGCCCAGUGCCGCCACCCGUCUGGAGCUGUGGCACGGCCUAGAGAACCAGGCCAGGCUCGCCCAGAACCAAAAGGCCUACUCUGUCCUAUUAGCAGCUGUGAGGGAGCUGGCCCGCUCCACCCUUUGCCCCUCCCUCAAGACCUCCCUGCUGCACUUCUGCACAGGCCUCGAUGGGCUUCUGGGCUCCAUUUCUGCGCUGAUGACCACUCUAGGUUACGCACUUCCUCCUUCAUCUGCAAACACGGGAAGUGAUGGACCGACAAUGAAUGACUUCGCCAGGAAGGUGGAGGGGUUUUGGAUAUUGCGAGAGCUGCAGAGCUGGCUCUGGCGAUCAGCAAAGGACUUCAACCGCCUCAAGAGGAGACUCAGAGGCUGA